GGGACUUCCUGUUUCGUGUUCCCUGGGACCUCCAAAGGGAUACUAGGACUGAGAGGGAGAAUGUCUAAGUCCUGUGGCAACGGAUCAAGCAGUGCAUUAGUUGGGGCCUGCUGCCGUAGUUCUCACUGAUUCGUGCAGUUAUCCACACUCUCUUCAAAGGCGCUUUCAGGCGGCCUUGGUGUUCUGAGUACGCAAGAGUGUGUGUCCGCAGGUCGAGAAAGGGCAUGGAGGAGCCGCCACCGGCUCCCCCGAGCUUCUUUUGCAGGGCACGGCGUCCUUCCCCCCGAGUCUUUGCUGCCGGAGCUGUGGCUGCCGACUCGGAAUCUCUGGUGGAGAAUCAGAAGUUGCCUUCCUUAGUCCRAGAACCCUAUUACCCGGAAUCCGGUUGGGAUCGCCUCCGGGAGCUGUUUGUCAGAGAUGAACAACAGAGAAUUUCAAAGGAACUUGAGAAUAUCUAUAGGGCAGCAGCUUCAGCAGGCAUCAUUGGCUGGGCAUAUGGUGGAAUACCAGCUUUUAUUCAUGCUAAACAACGCUACAUUGAGCAGAGCCAAGCAGAAAUUUAUCAUAACCGGUUUGAUGCUGUGCAAUGUGCGCAUCGUGCUGCCACACGAGGCUUCAUUCGGUAUGGCUGGCGCUGGAGUUGGAGAACUGCAGUGUUUGUGACUAUAUUCAACUCAGUGAACACUGGAUUAACUGUGUACCGAAAUAAAAAUGCUAUGAGCCAUUUUGUCAUUGCAGGAGCUGUCACUGGAGGUCUUUUCAGAAUAAAUUUAGGCAUUCGAGGCCUGGUGGCUGGUGGUAUAAUUGGAGGCUUGUUGGGCACUCCUGUAGGAGGCCUGAUGAUGGCACUUCAAAAGUACUAUGGUGAGACUGUUCAGGAGAGAAAACAGAAGGAUCGAAAGGCAUUCUAUGAGCUGAAACAGGAAGAAUGGAAAGCCAGACUGCAACUUACUGAGCUCCUCCCUCAGGAAAUUGAAAACAGCCUACAGAAAAAUCAAUCUGAGGAGGAUGCUAAGAAAAUUGAAGUCCUGCUAAACCUUCCUAGAAACCCUUCAUCACCAGAUAAACAAGAUAAGGAUUGAGAAUGUUCCAGACUUGAAACUCAUGGGAGAGUCAAAGGAGCUAUGUUGCUGUAGCCAUGAAUGCCAGUGCCCGUCUCCUCUGGCAUUGGACCAGCCUGCUGACACAUGUAUGCACUGGCUCCUGUAGUGGCAGUGACUUGCUCCUCUCUGUUUUUUUAAAUCAAGAAUUGAGCUGCUCAAUUCUCAUUUUAUUUAUCCUUAAAUUUAAAUACAUACUUAUAUCUGUAUUGAUCUUUUGACCCAUUUGUAUGCUUAUAUUUCUUUACCCUGGAUUUUACAAAUAUAAGUAAAAAAAUUCCCAAAGUAUUAAAGUUGAAUUCUAUAGGCUGUAUAUUUGCUCAUGUAGUCCUUUGAUGGGUACCUUAACCUGGUGUGCUGGUGCACAUCUAUAAUCCCAGCAACUUGGGAGGCCAAGGCAGGAGGAUUGCAAAUUUGAGGCCA